CAACAUUACGAGGCUCAGUUAUGGAGGACUCCAUCCCUUCCACCACGAAACACAAUACUAAUCGAGGCAUUCCAUUGCGUGAUGUACUGGAAUAUAUUGCACCUGACCUACCUCUUGCUUGCUUACGCCUUGCCCCAGACUCACCUAAGGUCAGAGAUCAGCUUCUCAAGAUUGAUGAACAAGGGGUCACAGAUCAUUACAAAGUUGGCAUCAUGUAUUGCAAAGCUGGACAAAGCACAGAGGAAGAGAUGUAUAACAACGAGCAUGCAAGUCCAGCAUUUGAUGAGUUCUUAGAGUGCAUAGGGGACAAGAUUCGACUCAAAGACUUUGAGAAGUACAGGGCACAGCUAGAUAAUAAGACGGAUUCAACAGGCACACACUCACUAUACGCCAUGUAUCAAAGCAAGGAACUCAUGUUCCAUGUUUCUACUAUGCUUCCGUUUACAAACAACAGACAACAGCUGCUGAGGAAGAGGCACAUAGGCAAUGACAUAGUGACCAUCGUGUUCCAGGAGCCAGGGGCUCUUCCGUUCACACCAAAGAAUGUACGCUCACAAUUCCAGCAUGUUUUCAUCAUUGUACGAGUCCACGAACCAAACACAGAGAAUGUCCACUACUCGAUUGCUGUGAGCAGAUCUAAAGAAGUCCCAUCUUUUGGCCCUCCCUUGCCAGUAAAUGCCACUUUCCAGAAAUCAAAAGCUUUUGCAGAUUUCCUUCUUGCCAAAAUCAUCAAUGCUGAAAACGCUGUGCACAAGGCAGACAAGUUCAUUGCCAUGGCAACGCGUACCCGCAAGGAAUACCUCAAGGAUCUAGCUGCUUCCUACGUGACCUCGACGGCCAUCGAGACGGGAGGAGGGGGCAAGUUCAAACUAUUUGACAAGAAGAAGGAAAAGACUUGCCCCAGACCUGCCCCAGACUUCAAGGCAAAAGGAGCUUUGGUUUGGGAUGUUCAGGCCGAAGACUUCAGUUUGUCAGAUCCAGUGGAUUGUUUACUAGCUGUCUCCAUGGAUAUGAUGGUUCUAACAAACUACCAUACGAGAGAGGUUCUUUUCUCCAUUCCAUGUGUGUCUGUUAUUGGCUGGACUCCGUAUCCACAUGGAUUGAAGCUGUACUUCAACGAAGGUAACUGUGUUAGAGUACGCAUUCCUGAUCAAGAUCUUGAUGAGGUACCUGAGAUUGUCAAGAGAUUUGAAGCAGUAUCCAACGGUACUAGGACCAAAGAGAUCACCUUGAGACGUAAUGGCCUUGGUCAGCUUGGCUUCCAUGUACACUACCAGGGUAUAGUAGUUGAGGUAGAUCCAUAUGGGUUUGCAUGGCAGGCUGGACUAAGAAAAGGAGCAAGGCUUGUUGAGAUUUGUGAGAUAGCUGUAUGUACCCAGACGCAUGAAGAGAUGAUAGAUCUACUACGGACCUCUCAGACCGUCAAGGUGGUUGUUGUUCCACCAUGUGAAGAUGGCAGUCCUAGGAGAGGAAGUACACCAAUUGAGUAUAUGGGUAACAGUGAAGCAGUGACCCAACCAGGAGGGGCAAGACAGGGUUUCAACAGAGGUACAAGCACUGGCAAAGGACCUCAUAAGAUCUCUUCAUCUCUGGCAAUGUCAAGCAGAGAUCUUAGACAGUCAGCACAUCAUUCCCGAUCUGCAUCCACACCUGGGCAACCCCCAUCGAUGCUGCGCUCAGCCCCCAACACACCUAUCUACCCUCCAGGCACUAAUGAAGAAGGUCUACCGGUCAAAGGCAGCGUGCGCUCGGCCAUCACGACCUUCGAGCGUCGCAUUAACGUCACGGAUCCACCAUCGGGCGGCUCCGCCAACAAGCACCCUUACCGUGCUGCUGUUGACUACUGGAAAGAUGUGAACACCCGCGCACACCAGCAGGCGAACACCGGUGGUGGGACCACGCCUCAAGAGGUAUCCUCCCGUGGUAGUGGUCACAGUAGGGGUUUGUCCCAUGAUGCGGGUGAUCGGUCCUUUAUGAGGAUGGUCCAUGAGAGAAGGAGUGCCAGGGAGCAGAGGAGGAGACCUAAUGACAUGCAAGCUAGGCUCAGGAGUUCUCAGGAGGACCUGGAUCGUAUUGGGACUGGAGCCCAUUCUAGGCAGGGAUCCCUCGAGGACAGCCUGGAUAACUACAGGACUAGAGUUUACAAAGAUGUGACCAACCCUAAUUGGCAUAGACCAAAUGAAGCCAACCCCUCCCCCCAGGAUAGGGGCAGAGAGCAGGACAAGCAACAGCCUCAGUUUGUCACUCCCAAAGCUAGAUAUCCACUUCAUAAUGUAGCACAGGCAACAAUAAAGCACACAAGCAGUGGAGACACCCUGUCAACCAACACCAGCGACGAGAAGUGGUAUGAUACGGGAGACGAUGCUAAUGGUUACCAUGACAAUGGUGUGACCGUCUCCAAGGACGUUCCAGAGGGCAUGUACCGUACCAACCCAGCAGCGACCAAUGCACCCGGCUCACAGGAUACCAAGGAAGAGAAUAGGAGUAACUAUGCAAUGGCUGAGCGUUACAGCCCAACGGAACAGCUAUAUCAGUCAAGAAGCAGGGAGGGAAUUGACAUGGAGCAACCGAGACUACAGCGCCCAAACCACCUUGCAGGCAUCGUACCACAUCACCAUGCCACACCUAGCAACAUCAGUGACCACUCCACCCACUCCACCCUCUCUGGUGGCUCAGGAACAGGGGCAUCGAGAGACUACGGUAGCCUCAGAGCAAGCAGACAGUCGCCCGCACGUAGCCCGAUGCCAGGGAGAUCUGCACAGAGUCCUGAGACGGUCCGUAAGAGGGCACAGAGUCCAAGGCGGGGCGGAUCUGGAGACUAUGUCAGUAUACACAGGAGAGGCGGAGCACCAUCUGCAUCUUCCAGUAGCAGCAUGAGUGAGUCCAGCACAAGCCCUAAAAUGGCAAGAAGAAGACCUCUUGAUGGUCACAAGUCAUCCAACGAAUCCCUUGCUGCCAGGUCACGGGGCAACUCGGCCACCACGCCCACCGUAAGGAGUGGUGGGACCACGCCCCUCAAGGCUCAGGCAAACAAUCGCGUUCAGGAUGACCUUCGGAAGCUCCUGGCCCCCGAUGCCUACAAUGCUGUACAGGAGAGGGAGAGAGUGAAUGGAGACUCUCGACACACAUCUUCCAUUAUAAUUAACGUGGCCGGCAACCCCCAAAUCAUCUCAAACGGCCACCAUGAUGGCCCACAUCAACCCCACCCCUCAUCAUCAUCCUCCGCCUCCUACAGCCCCCUCCCGUCCCCCACCUCCACCUCCGCCCCUGCUGUUACCAUGGUAACCAUCCCAGGCUCCCUCCAGGAAGCAGGCUCCGAGGAACACAUCGUGGCUGCUACUUCUACUACUAACCGAACUCCGCACUUCCAAAUCUGCAUCUCACGUGUGCCUAAUACGGGGAAUGCACAACAGAAUAAGACCCCUACACUGAACUCCCAGUCGCCUCCUUUGAACCGGACCGUCUCGGAGGAGAGCCUUCCCAACCAUGUGGGCACCUACCCCCGGUCAAGGAAGCAGUCCCAUCCAACACCCAGGUCAGAGUUCAUUGUGACCAGCACGCAGUCCGGAGCCAUGCCCAGCAAGAUGCAAGCGGAGAAGACCAUGUUGCAUGGAGACGAGAGAUCAGCCAGUACUGAUGACCUAACCUCACAGGGAUUUCCCCUCCCAGAUACAAACAACACCCUUGAUUGGGACAACCUAGUGAAGGCUGCCAAGGAAUUUCAUGGUAUUACACCUUCAUUUUGUGCAACCAUCAUAUUAGAAGCCCGCAUCAUUCAUCAUCUCAUUUUGCUUGUUUUUCAUUUGUGGUUUUAUCAUGAAUGCUACCAUCCUUUUAUUACAUUCACCAAAUAA